AAAAUUCUAUAUAAAAAAAUGUUACCAACCGAAUCACGUCAUCAGCCAUCAUAACUAACAUUAUUAACUAAAUGACUACCAACUAAUCAAAUUUCUAAAGGGUGUUUUUUCUCUCUUUUAUUGUUAUUCCCAAACAAAAGUGUUGAUUAUCUCAUAUUUUAUAAACAUUUUCUUAAAUCAAACACAUUGACGUCGUCUCCGCCUGAAGAAUCCUCGUCGUCAUCAUCAACAACAUCAUCAUCUACGUUAACAACAUGUUGUUGUAUAGAUUUGUUGCCCGCUAGUCUAGCAGCUGUUAUGGUUUUAGUCAGCAACGAAUGGCAAAAUAAAAGUGAAGAUGUACCAAAAACGACUGCUAAUACAACAACCACAGCCGGUACAGCAGCAACAACGUCAAGCACAGCAGCAACAGCCAAUAUUGCUGAGCAUCCACUCACAGAAUCAAUAUCAGCAACAGGAGGAGCAAUUGUUAAUGCAAAUAGUAAUGCAACAAAUAGUAAACAAACAGAAACUGUAGCAGGAGAUUCUAUAAAUUCCAUAACUACGGAAACAACAGUAAUAUCAUCAAGAGAAAUAGCAACCGAAAUAGCAAAACCAGAAACAACGGCAGCAACAACAGCAACAAAAACAAUAAAUAAAACAUUAGCAAACGAUAACGCCAACAACGAACAACAACAAAAAUUAAAUGAAAUAAUAAAAGAUAAAAAUUCUAUAGAAAUCGUAUAUAAUAAUGAAUUAAACGAAGUCGAUGUCGAUAUAAACGAAUGUAAAAUCGCUGAAAUUGGAAAGAUAUCCACUGCAGCAGCCACAACCAAACAGCAGCUAAAAGAAGAGCAUAAUAAUUUGAAUGAAUCUGUUUUAAACUAUAAUAAUAGUAUAAAAAUAAUGGCUGAGAAUACAAAAGAGUCACCGCUAAAAGAGGAAAAAGAAUUGGAGGAGUCACAGCAACAGCAGCAGACUGCACUUAUCAAUAAUCUAAAUCAUACGGGCAAUAAUAAGGAUCUAGAAGAAUCUAACUCAUAUCCAAAUUCCAAUACCAACACUCUAACCACAGCCCCCAUACAAACUAUAAAAAUACAACAAAAUAAUCAGCAACAGAAUAUUAUAACACAACAACAACAACAGGUGCCACUUAGUUGUCCCAUAACGCCUCAGGCUCUGAGCAGUGCUUUACAGACAGCUUUGAAUGCCACCAAUAAUGCUAAUAAUUCAGUGGCAGCAGCUGGUUUGCAGCCUAACUUUCUCAGUCAAUUGGCAUUAACGGCAAAUGUAGCUAGUCUGCAAAAACCCACGACAACCAUAGCCGCCAACAAUAACAACAGUCUAACUGCCAAACAACUAAAUCAAUCGUUUAAUAUGUUGGAUUCAAAUCAAAUAAAUCAAAACAAAAGUGAUAGUAAUCUGCUGGAAGGCACUACAACGUCCAACACAGCAACAGUACCUGCCGCAACUUACGAUAAUAAUGGUCUAGCAAAGAUUGUUUUGAUCUGUGAGGGCAAUUCGCAUCCAUUUCAAACACGUACCAUCAGUCUGACCCCCAACGUCGAGUGCAUGGUGGGACGCUUAAUAGCCAAGAGUAAAGCCAGCGAAAAUAAUGCCAUUUUCGAUUGUAAAGUAUUAUCGCGUAAACAUGCUGUCAUUUGGUAUACACCCGAUGGCAAAUUCUGGGUCAAAGAUACCAAAUCAUCGAAUGGCACCUUUAUAAAUGACAAUAAGUUGGGCGACGAAGAGGCUGAACUGCAUUUUGGGGAUAUUGUCAAAUUCGGUGUGGAUGUUUUGGAAAAUUCCCGCAAAGAAGUUCAUGGCUGUAUAAUAGCCUGUGUUAAAUUGUAUUUACCUGAUGGCCGUGAAGCCAUAUCGAUUGAUACGAAUGCCCAUCGUAGUCAAUAUUCGGGUGAGGGACGCAUUAGUUACGAUGAGCUGCAUCGUUUAAAUCUUUACAUACAGGAAACCUCACAACGUGAAAAGGUUUUAACUUCCAAAUUGUGUAAUAUACAAAAUGUCUUAGACGCUACACGCAAGAAUUCAGCGUUAUGUUGGCAAUCAAUGAUCACUGAAGAUCAGCUAUUGCAUCGUAUACACUCGUUGGAGAAGAAACUGCAGUUCAUGGAGAAAAAUGUACCCGAAAAUUUAUUAAGAAAUGAGGUUCUUAAAUUACUCGAUGAUAAAACUUCAUAUCAACAUACCGCCAAAGAGGCCUUACGCAAAGUCUAUCAAGAACGUUGUGAUGCCAUGCAAAUGCUAGCAAAAAUGGAAUCUGCCUAUACACAAUCCGAUAACGAAUGCUCUCUACUGCGCGAUCAAAUAAUGAACUCCAAACAAACCUUACAGGAGGUCAACACACGUCUGCUGCGCCUCGAAACCGAAUACAAUGAGUAUAAAGAUGAGACUGCUCGUCUGCAGCAAGAGGCCAAAGAACGUGAAGAACAGCGUAUUGUAGAGCUUAGCGAAAAACUGCGUGAACGUGAAUUAGAAUGUGAAGAUUUAAAAAAGAAAAUUUCAGAAUUGUUAAUUAAAAGAGCCGAACUACUAGAAAAUGAGGAGCAAUUAUUGGAAAAGCAGGCCAUAGAGAAAUUGGAUGCCGCUAUAGCAGAUAUGGAUUUGGGCGAUGAUGAAGAUAGCAGUGAUGAUGAUGAUGAGGAUGAUAAUGAGAACGAAGAUGAAAAUGAUGCUUUAGCUGUGGAGAAGAGUGAAAAUAAACGUAAUGGUAAUAAUGCAGAAAUUGAGGCUAAAGAAGAGGAUGACACCCAGUCCAAAUUUGUCAUAAAUAGAAAAAAAUCAAAAGCCAGACCACAUUUAACUUCCAUAUUUGGUGAACAAUUAAAUGGUGUCGAUGAGGAGCAGGAUAAAGCCGAGCUUAAAAAAGCCAAAGCAUUUGAUGCUACGAAAGAGAAAACAUCACCAAAACGUGUCAAAGAAACGACCAUUAUGAAGUGGUUACAAAAUUCCGAUUUAAAUAAAAACGAAGGCUCUUUUGAUAUAUUCAAAGCCAUCUGUAAUGAAAACGAAAAUGAGGACGGAGACGUCGAUAUCGAUGGUCAUAAUGAGGGUGAAAGUGAGGCUGGCAUUUUAACGGAAACAAAGUUAAAACUAGCUAAACCCACACAAAUGCCUGAAGAAUUAUUUAAUAAUUUCACCAGUAAAUUAAAAAAUGUACAAAAAAAUUUAAAACAAUUAGAAGCGGAAAUUGAAAAUGAAACCGAAACUGCAACUGAAACAAGUGCUAAAGUUAAACCGGAGAUUAAGGAGGAGGAGGAGCAGGAUGAAAUGGAUAGCAGCGAUGAGGAGGAUGCUGAUGAAGAACAAGGUGCUUGUGCUGAGCAAGAGUUCAUUAUUAAACGUAAUGGCAAAUCAAGCACAUCAUCUGUUAAACAGGUGCUUUCUAAGGAAAAUAAAAAAUAUUUAUUAUUAAAAUCAAGUGUUAAUAUGCUAAGAGAAGCUUACAAUGAAAUAUGGGAUAGUGUAAGGGACCAGGAAGUGACACACCAACACAAAUAUAAUGAACAACAGCCCGAAGGUGAUAAAGAAAAGUCACCGCCUCCCAAUAUCAAAGUUAAAACACAAUUCCCUACCUAUGCCACUAGACCCACAAGAGUGGCCAGCAAAAAGUUCGACAGUCAAACAGCAAUACAAUCCUCUGCCUCGGAUAUCACUGAAUCCGACUCAGAGGUUGAAAGUCUAACGUUAUCCUCCCCUAUAGAUAGUUCUCACAGCGGUACGGUUAUAAAUGUGAAAACUGAAACCUCUAAUGAUGAGUUAUUAUUACAACAACUCAAAGAAUAUCAACUGCAAGUGGGAGCCUUAAAUGAAAAGCUGCAACAGACCGAAUUAGAAGCCCAACACACUUUGGAAAUCAUGCAAGUGGAAUGUGAUGAUGUUAAGCUUAAAAUGGAAAAUCUUAAUAAAAUCAUAGAAGCCUUAAAGAAUGAUAAAAAGGCCUUAGAACAAGUUAUCACUGAAAACAAUAAAAAUAACAGUGAUAGUGAAAAAUUGGAAACAAACGCUUCAAAACCACCCUGCCCGGAAAUCGAUGCUCAACUGGCCAAGGAAUUGGAGCUAGAAGAGGAUGCUGUCUUGAAUGCCAUCAAUGUAACCGCCUUAGAACGUGAGGAAGAGUUAAUCACUUACAAGGAACGCUUAGAUCAACAGCAAAGGGAAAAUAUUGAUUUACGCAAUGAAAUUGCGUUACUCAAGCUAAAAGCUAAUAAUUUAACUGGAACUACAAAAGAUGUAUUGCUUAAACAAUAUCUACCUUGUAGUUUUGUAAUUUUAGCAAUUAUCAUCUAUUUUUUAACCACUUAUUAUUAAAUAAAUCUUUUUUUUUUGUAACUAAUCAUACCCUGCUCUAGCUUCCAUUGCAAUUAUUUCUCUUAACAAAUUUUUCCAAAUUUUCAAUUUUUCUAAUAAUACAUAAUAACACCUAAAAACCCUCCAUAUUAACGUUUUAAUUAUAUGUUUUUCUUCUUUUUUUUUAAUUUGUUUUAAUGUAAUCAUUAUUAUUAUUUUGCUUACUUUUAUAAAUAUUUUAUUAACAAAUAAAUAAAAAAACAACAAAAAAAAAUAAAAUUAAUAUAUUGCAUAUAUAUGUUAUAAUAAAAUACAUAAACAUAAAUAUAUAUAAUAAAAAAAUACAACUCAAUUUUCAAUUAUUAACAAAAGUAAAGCUAAUAAAAAAGAUCUAUUUAACAUUUAACAUCUUAUAUACAACUAAAAACAAUAACAAAAACAAGGCCUGUAUAAUAUGAUCUUUAAUUAUUAUACUUAUUAUUAUAAUCAUAUUAUUAACAUUAUUUUUAUUUUUAUUAUUAUGUAUUUUGCAAAAAACUAGCAACAAAUACUUUAUUUUGUUUAUAUGUAUUUUAUUUUAUUAAAUUUGUCUUAAUUAACUUUUUAGUUUGGGUUUUACUUUUAUUUAAAGCAUCACAAAUUAAAGCAUUUGUUUAUGUUUUUAUAUUGGAGAGGAUAAAGGGGAAAAGUUUAAAUUUUAAUAUUGUUUUAAUUUGUCCAAUUCACAACUGGUCUUGUAUUUCGUAUUGUUUAUUAAAUUGCAGAAUUCCGAUAUCUGGCUUGCUUUUUUGUGUAUUUUUUCCAUUGUAUUUUUAUAUUGUUUUUAAAAAGUCAUGUUGUUUAAAAACUAAGAAAAAACAUCUUAAAUAUUUAUAAAAAUACAAUUAAAUUGAAAAAACUUAAUUAAUUAUGCCACUAAUAUGAAUUAUUUUUCAUUUUAUUUUACUUUUUUUAAAGUUUACUUUAUGAAAUUAUUCUUUUGCUGUUUUAACUUCUUAUAAAUUGGGCACUCACAUGAGAAUGAUAGUUUGACAUUGAAAACAAAAUAAAUAAACAAACGAGUUUUAAUGGAAAUUACCAACAACAUUUUUACACAAUAAACUAAAUGAACAUGUUACGUAGAUACAAGAGAGUUGUGAAUGGGAUAAUUGUUUUAUCUAAAAUUUGAUAUAUAAUCUGGCCUAUUGUCUUGUCCAAAAAUCUAAACUAUUACUACUAUAAUCUAGGCUACUGCCUAAACUAAAGUCUUGACUAUAGUCAUGAUUAAAGUCUUGAAUAUAUUCAUGACUAAAGUAUUGACUAUAGUCAUGACUAAAGUCUAAAAUACAAUCUUGGUUAAAGAUUAAACUAUUGUCCUACAUAUAUAGUCCAGACUUUUGUCUAGCAGACUAUAAGUCUUGACUAUAGUCAGGACUAUUGUCUUGACUACAGUCUGGACUAUUGUCUUGACUACAGUCUGGACUAUUGUCUUGACUAUAGUCAGGACUAUUGUCUUGACUACAGUCUGGACUAUUGUCUUGACUACAGUCUGGACUAUUGUCUUGACUACAGUCUGCACUAUUGUCUUAUCUAUUGUCAUGGUUAUUGUCUUGACUAACGUUUUGACUAUUGUCUACACUAAAGUCUGAACAACUUUAUUCAUGCUUUCUUUCUUGUCUGGAUUACAGUUAUGACAAUAGCUUAAAGUCUGAACUAUAGCCUGAAUAUGGUAAUAGACUUGACUAUUAUCUAGUUAUAUACCAGACUAUAAACAGCAAGACUUUGUUACGAUUUAGGAUGAAAAUUUAAUCCUUUUCAGGCUGAAUAUUUGCAGUUACGCUUGGUCUCUAGUUAAUUUAAUUCUACAACGUUAUGUUUAGGAAAUUUUUGAAAUUUUAUAAAAAAAUAAAAAAAUAUUAGAAUUUCUUGUUCAAUAUUUACAAAAACUUCUUCUAUUUGAAAGAGAUUUCAAAAAAAAAAAAUGCAAUUUUCUUCUUUCAAGCUUUAAAUUGUUAAACAUUUUUUUAAAAAUUAACUUUUUUAACUUUUAUAUAAAAGCAACCCAAUCUAUAUAAGUUAUUAACACAUUAUGUCUAUUGUAUUUUUAUAAAUUUCAAACGCUAUAUAAGCUAAUUGUUUAUUAAAAAGCUCUAUUUAAACAAAAUAUUACAAAACAAAACACCAGAAACAAUAUAGAAAUAACAACUACCACAUAAAUUUGCAUUUGUAGAAAAAAAGAGAAACAAAAAAAAAAAAAAAAAACAGAAAAA